GCAACCGAAGCUCCGAAAAAGAUCCCAACAAUGGCGAUGAAGAGACCCAACCAGGCCAUAGGAGGCCCUGACCCUGUGCGAGCUGUAGUGCUCGAACCUGAAGACGCGGAAAUGGAGUCAGAAUCGGAAGAAGAGCUGAGGAGAUUGGAGUCGGAAGUGAAGCAAAUGGCCGAGAAAAUCCUCCAUUUCCGGAGGACGCUCCCGGACCAGCUGAAGGACGCCUUUUCUCUGCUCGCAUCUGCUCACAGGCCCGAGUUGCCCCCGGUAGAGCUCGGAUCCGCGGCCGGACCCUCCAGCUCUUCUCACCAAGGUCUAAGCAGGAAUUCUGAACCGGGUGAGGAUUCAUCAGUAUCUGACAGGGAAAGAGAGACUGCUAAGAAGAUCGAGUUGCUCAAAGAGAAGACUUUGAAAAAUGUUUCUGGAAUGCCGGUCCUCUUGAAGCGGAUGAAAGAGUGUAUCUCUACGAUUGACAACCUAAACUCAAACCCGAGCAGUAUUCAUCCUGCAUUUAGGAAGGAAAGAACUAGUUGACUAUGCUUUUUUCCCUUUUUGGAUAGGAAUAACUGAAGAUGCUAAGUGUGAAUGCUUUUUAGGAUUAAUCUUACGGCGAUUGGGUGCCAUGCAUUGUACUUUAAAGAUCACCAUGACCGAAAUUGGAUAUGUACUAUAAGAGUGUUGUGAAAAAAUAUUGAAGGUUGCACCGAUCCUGCUGCAUAUCUCAUCCUCCUCUUAUAUACAAAGCUGCAGUUUCUGUU